AUGGACCAGAGGGAGGUCCUGCAGGGCUUCCUGGAGGAGGCCCGGAGCAAGGGAACUCACAAGGAGGAGUUUGCCAGCGAAUUUCUGAAGCUGAAAAGACUCGCCAUCAAGUAUAAGGCAGACAAAACCUAUCCCUCAACCGUGGCGGAGAGGCCCAGGAACAUAAAGAAGAACAGAUACAAGGAUAUCUUGCCCUAUGAUCAUAGCCGAGUGGAGCUGUCCUUAAUAACCUCUGAUGAAGAUUCCAAUUACAUCAAUGCCAAUUUCAUUAAGGGAGUUUAUGGACCCCAGGCUUACAUUGCCACGCAGGGACCUUUGCCUACCACUCUCCUGGAUUUCUGGAGGAUGAUUUGGGAAUACAGUGUCUUGAUCAUUGUUAUGGCCUGCAUGGAGAUCGAAAUGGGGAAGAGAAAGUGUGAGCGCUACUGGGCGGAGCCAGGAGACAGGCAGCUUCAGUUCGGCCCUUUCUCCGUCUCCUGUGAAGCUGAAAAUAGAAAAUCUGAUUACACGAUCAGGACUCUAAAAGUCAAAUUCAACAGUGAAACUCGAACUAUCUACCAGUUUCAUUACAAGAACUGGCCUGACCACGACGUGCCUGCCUCCAUAGACCCUAUCCUUGAGCUCAUCUGGGAUGUGCGGUGUCACCAGGAAGAUGACAGGGUUCCCAUAUGCAUCCACUGCAGUGCCGGCUGUGGCAGAACUGGUGUUCUCUGUGCUAUCGACUAUACAUGGAUGCUGCUAAAAGAUGGGAUAAUUCCCUCGAACUUCAGUGUUUUCAAUUUGAUUCGGGAUAUGCGAACACAGAGGCCUUCUUUAGUUCAAACUCAGGAACAGUACGAACUGGUCUACAAAGCCGUCAUAGAACUAUUUAAGAGGCAUAUGGAGGUCAUCAGAGAUAGACACUCUGGAACAGAGAUGCAAGCGGGGUAUCCGGUUCCUGAGCAAAAUCCCGGCCUGGAAGCGAACGCCUAUUCUCAUUUCCCAAGAAGCAUGAGAGAAGCAACAGCCAUGAACCAUCCGGGCGAACAGAGGGCCCCGGCGGGAAAUGCAGAAGCCUCUUCCUUUGGGCCCAGGACUUGGGAGACCUGCGGGCAGGCAGGGUUCGCCCUGCAGCCUGCCCAGCAGAACCGCUCGCUGGAGUUUCUGGAGCUGAAUGACGGUUGUGACAGAAGUGCUGGCGCAGCCCUGACCUGGGAGAGGAGGGCGCUGCCGGCGGCGGGGGAGCCCCUGCACAAGUGCCCGAGCCUGGAGCUGAGCUGGGCCCUGCGGGGCCCCGGCUCUGACCCUGCAGAAGCCGCAGGGAGGCCCCUCGGCGCCAAGGGGCCCAUCACUCGGACCAAGUCCUCCCCCUUUGAGCUGAGCCCGCAGGCAGGGCCCGGCGAGCGGGGCGCCGGGGAGGACUUGCCCCGCCUGGCCCCCCUGCUCCGCGGCGCCCCCCGGCGGCCGGCUGGGAAGGCCGCGCACGUUUCCCCCGCGGAGCCGGGCCGCUCGCUGUCGCCGGGCCCGGGGCCCCGCGUGAGCCCGGCCCGCGGCGCCGGAGCCCUCCGCGCCCGCUCCCACGGGUCCCUGGCCGGUGCUCCUCACCCCGCACCGGCUCCCAGGCGCGCCGGCUCGGAGAUGGCCCUGGAUCUGCCCGCGGAGCCAGCGGGAGCCCUGUCACCUUCCGCGCCGCGGCCCUCAGCCUCCGCGGCCCCGCUUUCCUGCUGUUUCCCAGGGGAUUCUCCGGCCCCGAACCCGCCAACCGACUUCCCCUCCACGCUGAACCGAGAGGGAGCCGACGGUGCAACUUCUCCAAGGAUAGACGAUGAAACCCCCCCUCCACUUCCUGAGCGGACCCCUGAGUCUUUCAUUGUGGUAGAGGACGCUGGAGAAGUCCCGCUGCAUGUGCCCCAAUCUUUAUCUUCCGCUGUGAUGUCAGAAAUUGGAACAUCUAAAUCCAGCAAAUCUGAUGACUCGGUGAGACUUAGACAAAUCCAGUGUGUAAAACUCCGGAGUUGCAUAUCAGAUGGGCACGGAGACCGCUGUUCGCCGCCCCCUCCGCUGCCGGAGAGGACGCGGGAGUCCCUCUUCCUCGCCGACGAGGACGGUAUGGAGGCUGAACCCAUAGAGGUCAGCUGUCCCAACACCGGGGAAAAGCCAACAUCUUCCAAACAAACACUGAAGACGGGCAGAUGUUUCACGAGGAGCAAGAGUUUGAAAAUUUUGCGGAACAUGAAAAAGAGUCUCUGUAAUUCUUCCUCGCCAAACAAGCCUGCAGACUCUGUUCAGUCAAGUAACUCCAGCUCCUUACUAAAUUUUGGUUUUGCAAAUCGUUUUUCAAAACCCAAAGGACCAAGGAACCCACCAUCAAGUUGGAAUGUUUAA